CUGGUGUCAGAAGUGAUGCCUACUUCACAGCCGGCUGUUCACAUCCGGCAUGUACCACUGGUUCAGAAGGGAACAACAUACCCAUAGGCUGUGUUCAUUUAUUAACGAUGACAUUCACGGUGUCAUCUGGAGCCCGGACACCAUGCCCAGAAGUCUCUGUGGCGGCUCGGCGCCACCCCAAUUUUGCAUUUCCGCCUGCCGCAUGCCCAUCCUCCAUUGUGCAUGCGGAGUUCAUGCGAAGUCCGUUGAACUUGAGAAUCCGGAUACGAAAUUAUCCCAUGAACACUGUUUCAUAUACUGUCUCGAUAUCACUGUCGUCGGCAAACUCGGACCAUAUGUGUCUUGACUCCGAUUUGACUAUAAUAAUGGCCUGGUAAAUGCAAGGUUUGCCAUCAAAAGUUCUACACCUAUCCCAUUUCAAUAAACGCAACUCGUUCAUUUACUGCGCACUCACCUUCGCGACGAUGACGAUUCCAGGCAACCUUCGAACUGGGACUUAUACUCUUAGGAAUGCUAGUACAAAUGACUUUGUCAUUGUACAAGGCCCAAAAGCUGCUACCCUGGUAACAAGCAACGAUGGCCGAGCAGAGAAUGCUGCAUGGGUACUUGAAAAACUCAGUGGGUAUUACGACAGGUACAACAUUAGGAAUUUUGCGCACAACUCGUAUGCCACUGUCAACUCUGCGCAAAAAAGAAGUGCUGCACUCACAUGUGGGCGCGAGGUGUGCCCUUGGAGCAUCAGACCAACUGGAUACGGAACAUAUGUGAUAUCACCACACUCAGACGCUUCGUUAUUUUGGAGCCUGACAACAUCCGGAGAUCACUCACAGGCGCUGUUGACGGAUGAUCGGACCAGCACCGUUCAUUGGUACUUGCAUCGUGUGUCGGCCUGAAGACAUGAAUGGACAAUGGGCUGCAGUGCACAUGAUAGUUGAACUCAUCAUAGAAUAGGAGCCCUCCUAUCCUCCAAAUCUCAUGUUCGACGCGGAGUGACUGAGGGAGGCGGCAAGCUAAGUGGAGGCGCUGGUACGAUAGUAUAUGUGAUCUUGUUACCUAUGUAUUCGAACUCAGACAGGUUCUUCAAGCUACACCUUUGUAUUAGUCAAUCAUUUAAUGACGUUAGUUUGUAACAAUAGCCUAUCCGCAUACCGAACAACCGUGACAAGAAAAGAAUCGAUUCCAG